AACCAAACCAAAAAAUCUUACCGUCUUAUCCGCAGCUGGACUUGCAAACCUAUGAAGUCCAAAUCCGAUACGUAGAAUUUGCCAGAUGUGUGUUUCUUCGAUCUUCCUUGACUCUACCUUAUCUCCUUCUCUUUCUCUCUCUUUUCUUUCUAUCUCUAAAAACCACACCUACUAUAAGUUAACUUGUUCACAUUCUCAAUUCUUUGAUUCUAAGCCCUAGAUGCCAUUUAUCUUCUGUUAGACCUCCAAUCAAUUCCCAUGGCAGCUCUUAUCUCCUACCACUUCUGUUCUUCUCUCAUCAACCCUAAUUUCUCCACCAAUUCUCCCAAAAACGCCUCAGCCUCCUUUCGACUGCGAUGUUCUUCCGAAAGUCCUCGUCGAUUUCAACUCCACAAGAAUCAGAGAGAUAGGUUGUUUCCAUUGAAGGAAUGUGCGAUUUCAGUAGCGUUGGCGAUUGGAUUGAUAACUGGAGUACCUGCGUUGGAUUGGUCUUAUUAUUAUGCCAAUGCAGCUACUCCGGCGCUUCCAGAUUUGUCGGUGUUGAUAUCGGGGCCGCCGAUUAAGGAUCCAGGGGCGUUGUUGAGAUAUGCUUUGCCUGUUGAUAAUAAAGCUAUAAGGGAGGUUCAAAAGCCACUUGAAGAUAUCACAGACAGUCUCAAGAUUGCUGGGGUCAAGGCACUUGAUUCUGUUGAAAGAAAUUUGAGGCAGGCAUCCCGGGCUCUGAAGCAGGGGAAGAGUAUGAUUGUUUCGGGAUUGGCGGAAUCAAAGAAGGAACAUGGAGUUGAAUUGCUGGAUAAGAUUGAAGCUGGCAUGGGUGAGCUCCAACAAAUUGUGGAGGAUAGAAAUCGUGAUGCCGUAGCACCUAAACAGAAGGAGCUGCUUAAUUAUGUUGGAGGGUGAGUAUACAAAACUAGUCUUGGUUCUGCUCAUGCACAUUUACACUCAUGCCAGGCACAAACUCCUAAAGAAAAUAUGCAAUGGGUUUUGAAGACAAUAAUUGUCUGUAUAGUUAAGUUAUGUUAGGAAGGUAAGAUUUUAGGAGAAUUCUUUGCAGGAUGGUUUUGCAAGAUUAAUGUAAUGUCUACCAAAAAAGGGAGGAAAACUUAUGCGAAGCUGUGUUUAGUAAAAGGUUGUAAAAUUUUGGAACUUAUUCAAUCUCAUAUUUGUGA